AGACUCGUCUGUUCAUUGAUUGCUCAACCAUCGAUCCCCACUCCUCGAGACAACUCGGAAGCAUCCGCAACAUCCUGGCCAUCAAUUACAUCGCCACCAGCGGAGCGCUGAAUAUGGGCCGCGAGGGGGGAUUAGAUAUCUACAACCUGACUGAAUUGAUCAACUCGUCUACUGGUCGCUGCUGGCCGAUGGAGGUUAACAAUCCCGUUCCUGGGGUGGUUUCAUCUGCACCUGCUUCGAAUGAGUAUGAGCCUGGGUGUCCGGUUAGUAUGAUCAACAAGGACUUGGGGCUUGCUAUGGCUGGAGCGGCUGAAGCAAAGAUUUCUCUUUUACUGCCCAGUCGGCGCGGGGGGGCUACAAUGCGGUUGACGAGGACUGUCUGUCUUGGGCGGGACUUUUCAAUUUUGUACCAGUGGCUUCAAAAUAGGUCGUUCAAAUAGUCUGCAAUAUACGGAAUUCAGAUGAGGAAUUUGUAGACCUAUAGUU